AUGAGAUCUGCUCUUCUCUCCGCGGCACUGGCUGCCUUCGCCCCCUUGGCUCUCGCAGCCGACGCCGUCUCUGGCGCCGCUGAGGGCUUCGCCAAGGGAACUACUGGUGGUGGUAGCGCCACUGCCGUCUACCCUUCCACCACCUCCGAGCUUGUCUCCUACCUUACCGACUCCUCCGCCCGCGUCAUCGUCUUGACCAAGACCUUUGACUUCCGCAACACUGAGGGCACCACCACCGCCACCGGCUGCGCUCCUUGGGGUACCGGCUCUGCUUGCCAGACUGCCAUCAACAAGGACAACUGGUGCACCAACUACCAGCCCAACGCCCCCAAGGUCUCCACGACCUACGACAACGCUGGCUUGAACCCCAUCAAGGUCGGCUCCAACAAGUCCCUCAUCGGACAGGGCAGCAAGGGUGUUAUCAUUGGCAAGGGUCUCCGCAUCACCGGCGGCGCCAAGAACAUCAUCAUCCAGAACAUCCACAUUACCAACCUGAACCCCAAGUACGUCUGGGGUGGUGAUGCCAUCACUCUCGACGGCUCCGACCUCGUCUGGAUCGACCACGUCAAGACCUCCCUGAUCGGUCGCCAGCACAUCGUUCUCGGCAACGGCGCCUCCAACCGUGUCACCAUCUCCAACAACGAGAUUGACGGCUCUUCCUCCUGGUCCGCUACCUGCGACGGUCACCACUACUGGGGACUCUACUUCACCGGCAGCAACGACAUGGUCACCUUCAAGAAGAACUACAUCCACCACACCUCUGGCAGAGCCCCCAAGGUUGCCGGUAACACUCUCCUCCACGCCGUCAACAACUACUGGUACGACAACUCCGGCCACGCGUUCGAGGCCGAUUCUGGUGCCAAGAUUGUCGCCGAGGGCAACAUCUUCCAGAACGUCGUCGCCGCCUACCAGACCGGUCUCGCCGGCCAGAUCUUCGCCUCCCCCGACUCCACCACCAACGCAAAGUGCUCCACCAACCUCGGCCACGCCUGCCAGCUCAACGCCUACGGCUCCAGCGGCACCCUCGUCGGCUCCGACACCUCCAUCCUGGCCAACUUUGCCGGCAAGAACGUCGCUACUGCCGGCACCGCCAACGACGCCAAGGCUGUUACCACCAGCGCUGGCUUCGGCAAGCUCUAAGCGCUUUCGCUUGGAUCGCUUGCUCCUUAUCUCUCCUGUUGGAGUUUCUCAGUGGUUGUAAUUGGGGGAAGUGUUGAGUCGGGUACACGCAAAGAGACCAACGACAGAUUCAUGUACAUAUCUUACUACUUUACCGUCGAGGACGUAAAUAUCAUGCUUGAUGCAUCAAAUAUUGCACAUAUUCACG